AUGACUGCCAUUCAGUUCUUUUUUCUUUCUUUUUUCUUUUCUUUCUUUCUUUCUUUUUCUUUUUUCUUUCUUUUUUCUGUUGCUGUAACGACCAUGACUGCCAUUCAGUUCUUUUUUUUUUUUUUUUCUUUUCUUUCUUUCUUUCUUUUCUUUCUUUCUUUCUUUUCUUUCUUUCUUUCUGUUGUAACGACCAUGUCAUUCAGUUCUUUCUUUCUUUUCUUUCUUUCUUUCUUUCUUUCUUUCUGUUGUUGUAACGACCAUGACUGCCAUUCAGUUCUUUUUUCUUUCUUUCUUUCUUUUUUCUUUCUUUCUUUUUUCUGUAACCACCUGACUUUCAUUCUUUCUUUCUUUUCUUUUCUUUUUUUCUUUUCUUUUUCUGUUGUUGUAACGACCAUUGACUUUGCUAUUCUUUUCUUUCUUUCUUUCUUUCUUUUUUCUUUCAUUUUCUUUUUUUCUUUCUUUCUUUUUCUUUCUUUCUGUUGCUUUCUUUUUUCUUUCUUUCUUUCUUUCUUUCUUUCUUUUUUCUUUCUUUCUUUCUUUCUUUCUUUCUUUGACUGCCAUUCUUUCUUUCUUUCUUUCUUCCUUUCUUUCUUUCUUUCUGUUUUUCUUUUUCUUUCUUUCUUUCUUUCUUUCUUUCUUUCUUUUUUCUUUCUUUCUUUUUUCUGUUGCUUUCUUUCUUUCUUUCUUUUCUUUCUUUCUUUCUUUCUUUCUGUUGCUGUAACGACCAUGACUGCCAUUCAGUUCUUUCUUUUUUUCUUUCUUUCUUUCUUUCUUUUUUCUUUGUUUUUUCUAACGACCAUUUCUGUUGCAUUAACGACCAUGACUGCUAUUCAGUUUCUUUCUUUCUUUCUUUUCUUUCUUUCUUUCUGUUUUCUUUCUUUUUCUUUUCUUUUUCUUUCUUUCUUUCUUUCUGUUGCUGUAACGACCAUGACUGCUAUUCAUUUCUUUCUUUCUUUUCUUUCUUUCUUUCUUUCUUUUUUCUUUCUUUCUUUCUGUUGCUGUAACGACCAUGACUGCCAUUCAGUUCUUUUUCUUUCUUUCUUUCUUUCUUUUUCUUUUUCUUUCUUUCUUUUUUUUCUUUCUGUUGCUUUCUUUGACUGUCAUUCAGUUCUUUUUUUUUUUCUUUCUUUCUUUCUUUCUUUCUUUCUUUUCUUUCUUUCUGUUGCUGUAACGACCAUGACUGCCAUUCAUUUCUUUCUUUUUCUUUUCUUUCUUUUCUUUCUUUCUUUUUUUCUUUCUUUUCUUUCUUUUUCUUUCUGUUGCUGUAACGACCAUGACUGCCAUUCAGUUCUUUCUUUCUUUCUUUCUUUUUUUUUUCUUUCUUUCUUUCUUUUUCUUCUUUUCUUUCUUUCUUUUCUUUCUUUCUUUCUUUCUGUUGCUGUAACGACCAUGACUGCCAUUCAGUUGUUCUUUCUUUCUUUCUUUUUUCUUUCUUUUUUCUGUUUUUCUUUUUUCUUUUUUCUUUCUUUUGUUUUCUUUCUUUCUUUCUGUUGCUGUAACGACCAUGACUGCCAUUCAGUUCUUUCUUUUCUUUUCUUUUCUUUCUUUUCUUUCUUUCUUUCUUUCUUUCUUUCUGUUGCUGUAACGACCAUGACUGCCAUUCAUUCUUUCUUUCUUUCUUUCUUUCUUUCUUUCUGUUGUUGUAAACCUGACUGCCAUUUCUGCUUUCAGUUCUUUUCUUUCUUUCUUCCUUUUCUUUCUUUCUUUUGUUGUUGUAACGACCAUGACUGCCAUUCAGUUCUUUCUUUCUUUCUUUCUUUCUUUUUCUUUCUUUCUUUUUGUUGUUGUAACGACCAUGAUUGCCAUUCAGUUCUUUCUUUCUUUCUUUUCUUUUCUUUCUUUCUUUCUUUCUUUCUUUCUGUUGUAACGACCAUGACUGCCAUUCAUUCUUUUCUUUCUUUCUUUCAUGACUUUCUUUCUUUCUUUCUUUUUCUUUUCUUUUUCUGUUCUGUUGACUGCCAUUCAGUUUCUUUCUUUCUUUCUUUUUUCUUUCUGUUGCUGUAA